GCUCAUAAGCCGACUUUCUCUCUGUUUCUCCUGCCUCAUUUUCUCUCUCUCUAAAACAAAACCCAUACCCUCCUGAUACUAAGAGAGAGAAAGAGGGAAGUGUGGAAAGAUGAAUGGGGACAUGAAUCAACAACAACAACAACAGCAGUUGCAGCAGCAACAGCAGCAGCAGUGGAUGGCGAUGCAGCAGUAUCAGCAGCAAUGGAUGGCGAUGCAGCAGUAUCCACCAGCGGCGGCAAUGGUAAUGCAGCAACAGAUGAUGUAUGGUCAGCAGUACAUGCCCUACUAUCAUCAACAACACCAGCAGAUGAUUCAGAUUCAGCAGAACGCAAGCGAAGAUAACAGGACGAUCUGGAUUGGCGAUCUUCAACAGUGGAUGGAUGAAGGUUAUCUUCAUACAUGCUUCGCUCAAGCUGGAGAGGUUAUUUCUGUGAAGGUCAUUCGAAAUAAGCAGACUGGUCAAUCAGAGCGUUAUGGGUUUAUUGAGUUCAAUACCCACGAAGCUGCAGAAAAAGUCCUACAGAGCUACAAUGGCACUAUGAUGCCAAAUGCAGAGCAACCUUUCCGCCUAAAUUGGUCAGCCUUUAGCUCUGGUGAAAAGCGUGCAGAUGUUGGUGCUGGUGCUGGCUCCGGGUCUGAUUUAUCGAUUUUUGUAGGAGAUUUGGCCUCUGAUGUCACUGAUACAAUGUUGCGUGACACAUUCUCCAGUAGAUAUCCAUCUGUGAAAGGUGCAAAAGUAGUAAUAGAUUCGAACACAGGUCGUUCAAAAGGCUAUGGCUUUGUUAGGUUUGAUGACGAAAGUGAGAGGUCUCGAGCCAUGACUGAAAUGAAUGGCAUAUAUUGUUCUAGCAGGGCUAUGCGUAUUGGUGUUGCUACUCCAAAGAAACCAUCACCAAUGCAACAAUAUUCUUCACAAGCUGUAAUAUUAGCAGGUGGACAUGCAUCAAAUGGUGCUGCAACCCAGACUUCCCAGACUGAUAGUGAUUUAUCCAACACAACAGUUUUUGUGGGAGGACUUGACUCGGAAGUUACUGAUGAAGAACUCAGGCAGUCAUUUAGCCAGUUUGGCAAUGUUGUUUCUGUGAAAAUUCCAGCUGGAAAAGGAUGUGGUUUUGUACAAUUUUCAGAAAGGAGUGCAGCAGAGGAUGCAAUAGAAAAAUUGAAUGGAACAGUUAUUGGAGCUCAGACAGUUCGUCUUUCCUGGGGUCGCAAUCCAGCAAACAAGCAGUUUAGAACAGACUCUGGUAGUCAAUGGAGUGGGGGUUAUUAUGGAAGGCAGAAUUAUGGUGGUUAUGGGUAUGGUGCAUCGCAGAGCCAAGAUUCCAUGUAUGGUGCUGGAGCAGCUCAUGGGGCAUCCUCCAAUGGAUAUGGGAAUCAUGAGCAAUCAGUUAGCUGAACUAUAGUUGAUUGUGCCAUUUAGUUAGGAGUUUGGAUAAAAAUUAUUUUUUUCUUUUUGAAGUUUAUAUUUGGGGGUGAUUUAAAUUGGUUUACAGGUUAAUACUGGUUGACGAGGAUUUGUGACAGGAUUUCUGUUAUGCUUUGAUGGUUGCUAAACUUAUUUGUCUCAUGUUUCCAUUU